AUGUCUCCGCCCGUAGCGAUCGGCAGCAUUGAUUUCAGCGCAUCUCAACAUGUAGACUCGUCAAAGCCUCCGCUCGCCACUAUAGAUGAGCUGAUCCGGGCACGUGCCGAGGAGAUGGGGGAUCUCCCCAUGCUGGGUUAUCCAAAUGAAGGCCUCCUAGACUUUGAAGAGCACAGCGCAAAGAGUUGCGACCUCUAUGCCGAUGCAGCAGCCCAGAAACUCAAGCAGCUCGGCCUGGCGGAAGUGGAUCCGUCCCUCACAAAACCGCCUGUCGUGGGCAUUCUAGCGCAGUCUGGGUUCCAUGUUAUUGCCACUACCUUGGCGCUGUUCCGCUUGGGUUAUACCGUCUUCUUCAUUUCAACCCGGCUCCCAAGUCCGGCCAUCAUCCAACUCUUGAAAUUGACAGAUUGCAACACGGUUUUAUCGACUCCGACCUAUGAUGCGGUUUUGGCAGAGACUGCAAAAGUGAGAGAAAUCACCGUUCUGCCUCUUUUGCAGCAUUCCGACUACUAUGGCGUCGUGGCUCCCAAGGUCUCGCGGGUGUAUAACCCCGAGGCAGAGCGCAAAAAGAUUGCCAUUAUUCUCCAUUCAUCGGGGUCAACGGGGCUGCCCAAGCCGAUUUUCCUGAGCAAUGGCAAUUGUCUCAGUACAUUCGCUACCAACAUGGGCAUGAAGGCCGUCAUCACCUCACCCCUCUUUCAUGCGCAUGGCGUUUUGGAACUCUUCAGAUCCAUCCACUCGAGAAAACCGCUGUACAUAACAAACUUUAAGCUCCCAUUGACAGGGUCCGGUCUCGUGCAGGUAUUGAAUCAUAUCCAGCCAGAGCUCUUGCAUUCGGUUCCAUAUGUCAUCAAGCUCCUGGCCGAAAGCGAAGAGGGCGUUCGCGCUCUUGCGGCAGUCAAGAUGGUCCUGUAUGCCGGGAGUGGAUGUCCUGACAGUCUAGGCGACCUUCUUACUGAAAAAGGCGUCUAUCUAGUGGGCAACUACGGAUCGACCGAAACAGGGAGACUCAUGACCUCGGCUCGAUAUCCGGACGACAAGGAUUGGAGUUAUCUGCGCUUGAUCAAGCCGUCCGAGCCCUAUGUGCUCAUGGACGAAAUCUCCCCGGGUCUGUAUGAAUGUGUAGCUCUCGAUGGUCUGCCCUCCAAGAGUACCAUCAAUUCAGACGACCCACCGAAUUCGUUCCGAACGCGAGACCUGUUUACGAGACACAAGAGCCGUCCUGGCUUGUGGAAAUAUGCCUCCCGCUUGGAUGAUCGAUUCACUUUGAUCAAUGGAGAAAAGGUCUUGCCUCUGCCAAUUGAGGGGCAUGUUCGGCAAAAUCGUCAUGUUCGGGACGCAAUCGUGUUUGGUGAAGGCAAAGAGUGUCCAGGUAUUCUGAUCAUUCCCGCAGACAAUGCAGCAGGGCUAUCCAAGGAGGAGUUCUUUGAAAAGGUCUGGCCCGUGGUAGAAGAGGCGAACAGCAGAGCCGAAACCUACUCUCACAUUUCCCGCGAGCUGGUAGUCAUCAUGCCGGCCGAUACAAUCUUUCCCCAAACGGACAAGGCGACAUUCAUCAGAUUGGCCACGUACAAGAAGUUUGCAAGCGAGAUUGAGCAGGCAUAUGCCAAUUUUGAGCCCGAACAAGGCGGAAGUCUGAAGCUUUCCGGGGAGGAACUUGAAAACUUCUUGCUCCUCAAUCUCAAGAUUAAAAUUGGCGCCGACGUCUCGGCCGAGGAUGACCUCUUUGCGGCUGGUGUUGACAGCUUGAUGUGCAUCCAGCUGAGAAACAUUAUCCGUACCAAGCUUGACCUUGGCGGGAGACAUUCCGACUUGGGUCAGAAUAUCAUUUAUGAAACCGGUAGUGUUCGUGCGCUGGCGAAGCAUCUCGAGUCACUGAGAGAAGGAACCUCCGUUCAAACUCAUGAUGAGCUGCAGGUAAUGCAGGAUCUAAUUGACAAGUACUCUACAUUUGAACAACACAAGGGCAAUGGAAAGCCCCUACCAAACACGGAGGUCGUCUUGCUUACCGGGGCAACCGGUGGCCUUGGAGCCCACAUGCUUGCUCAACUGGUGUCGAGACCGAAUGUCUCCGCCGUAUGGACUGUGGUGAGAGCAAAGUCAGAUGAGGCUGGUCUCGAACGUAUACUGCAGUCUCUUGCGGUCCGAGGUCUUGACCUCAGUCCCGAGGAGAAACAAAAAGUCAUACCAAUUGCUGGUGACCUCGGCCAGUCAGACCUAGGGCUCGGCCCCACGAGACUGGCUGAUUUGAAGUCAACUCUUACCCUGGUGAUACACAGCGCUUGGGCUGUCAACUUUAACAUUCCCGUGCAGAGCUUUGAAAGUCAACACAUAGGCGGUGUUCACAAUCUGAUCCAGCUGUGUCUUUCUGUAGACACGACCAACCCCGCUCGCUUCUUCUUCUGCUCGUCUGUUUCAGCCGGCGCCGGGUCUCCGCGUCCCGGUACCGUCAGGGAAGCCCCCGUGGCAAUUCCCGAGUAUGCUCAAAAGACUGGGUACGGAAGGUCGAAAUAUGUUGGUGAGCACAUCACCAUCAAUGCGGCGCGCAACUUUGGAGCGCCUGCGCGAGUACUGCGCAUCGGCCAGUUGGUCGCAGAUACACGUGUUGGCGAGUGGAAUGCCACAGAAGGGAUGGCUCUCAUGAUACAAACGGCAAAAACGACAGGUGCUCUGCCACAGCUUGAUGAGCAAACAUCAUGGCUUCCCGUCGACCUGGCUGCGACCACUAUUCUAGAGCUAGCUGGCGUCAUUGGAGGUGGAUCAUUGGAAGAAGUCACAAAGAAGACCGUCGCAGAUACUGACCUGGUCUACCAUGUCCUCAAUCCCAGGAGGUUCCACUACGCCAAGGAGCUGCAUCCUGCUCUCCGUGAAGCGGGUCUGGAGUUUGAAGCACUACCGCCAGGAGAGUGGAUGGAGCGUCUGAGGAAUUCGGAAAAAGAUCCGUCCAAGAACCCUCCGAUCAAACUGCUGCAGUGGUUCGAAAGCAAAUAUGGAACCGGCAAGAGCGAUAAGGCUGGUGGCGACCUCUUGUAUUUGACGGAAAAGACACAGAGGGACAGUCCUACCUUGCAGAAGCUGCCAGACGUGACAGAAACUGAAUAUGUCAAGAAGAUGCUGGGGCGUUUGCAACGAUAUUGGUAG